AUGAGGAUGAGACAUUUUUGCAGGAAGAUGUCGCUAUCCAGUGACAUUUCAAAACAACCACAGAUCAAGAUUGGUCACUAUGUGUUAAAUCAGACACUUGGUGUUGGCACUUUUGGGAAAGUCAAGGUAGGAACUCAUGAAGGCACGGGUUACAAAGUGGCUGUGAAAAUUCUGAAUCGACAAAAGAUUAAAACAUUGGAUGUUGUUGGCAAAAUACGUCGUGAAAUCCAAAAUUUGUCGCUUUUUCGACAUCCACAUAUCAUUCGUUUGUAUCAAGUAAUAAGCACACCCACAGAUAUUUUUAUGAUAAUGGAAUAUGUUGCGGGUGGUGAACUUUUCGAUUAUAUCGUCAAACAUGGAAGACUAAAGACUCCAGAAGCACGUCGUUUUUUCCAGCAGAUAAUUUCGGGUGUGGAUUACUGUCAUCGUCACAUGGUUGUACAUAGGGAUUUAAAGCCAGAGAACUUACUUUUGGAUGAUAAAAAUAAUGUAAAGAUAGCAGAUUUUGGUUUAUCGAACAUAAUGACAGAUGGGGAUUUUUUGCGAACAAGUUGCGGCAGUCCGAAUUACGCAGCACCUGAAGUAAUUUCAGGGAAAUUAUACGCAGGUCCCGAAGUAGACGUGUGGUCUUGUGGUGUUAUCUUAUAUGCUCUUCUCUGUGGUACUUUACCUUUUGAUGAUGAACAUGUGCCAUCCUUGUUUAGGAAAAUUAAAGCUGGCAUAUUUCCAAUUCCUGAUCAUUUGGAGAAGCAAGUGGUCAAUUUGUUAUUACAUAUGCUGCAAGUUGAUCCAAUGAAAAGAGCUACAAUUAAAGAUGUUAUACAGCACGACUGGUUUCAAAAAGAUCUGCCAGCUUAUUUGUUUCCACCGAUCAAUGAAAGUGAGGCUUCUAUUGUCGAUAUAGAAGCAGUAAAGGAGGUCACUAGGCGAUAUGGUGUACUGGAAGAGGAUGUAACGAAUGCCCUGUUGGGUGAUGAUCCACACCAUCAUUUGAGUAUUGCUUAUAACCUGAUUGUUGACAACAAGCGUAUUGCCGAUGAAACUGCAAAGCUAUCAAUUGAGGAAUUUUAUCAAGUCACGCCAAUAGGGAAAUUCCAAACGGCGGAUAUGUUUCACAGACAUCCAGAACGAAUAUCAGGAUCAAAUAAAAUUACUCCAUAUUUGGAGAAUAUUGGUGGUAGUGGUGAUUCGAUGUCCAACAGUCAACAUAGGUCGCAGUCGUCUUCUAAUGUAGCAGCUUCUCAGAAAUCUCCUCAUGUAAGACGAGCUAAAUGGCAUCUUGGAAUAAGAAGUCAGAGUCGACCAGAAGACAUAAUGUAUGAGGUGUUUAAAGCGAUGAAAUCGCUUGGUUUCGAGUGGAAGAUAUUUAAUCCUUAUCAUGUUGUUGUCCGAAAGAAACCUGAAUGCUCAACUCAUGAGCCUCCCAAGAUGAGCCUUCAACUGUACCAAGUGGACCAGAAAAGCUACCUCCUUGAUUUCAAAAGCCUUGUUGAUGAAGACACAGGCAGUGCAAGUUCUUCGCGUCAUGCAUCAGUUUCAAUGCCUGUGAAGCCUUCAUUAAGAACUGGCCGUGCUCAGUCAUUGCCAGUUCCAAUGGAAGUUGAUCAUUCACCUCUCCCUUCACCAGUAGUCAUUAAGCAGUCACAAACGAUGCAGUUCUUUGAAAUGUGCGCUUCAUUAAUUGGUACGCUAGCGCGUUGA